UUUUGAAGGAAGCCUAAAGAUGAGUGUUUUGGAGGGGAACAUAGCAGAGUUUCCAGGAUCCAGCUCUGUGUCCAUGAACAGUGACGAAUUCGGAGAUUAUCAUCCAGUCUUCAGUCAUGAACUUGGACCAUCAGGCAAAAAACGUCAACAACACAAACACCGAGCAGAGUUUCCAGGAUCCAGCUCUGUGUCCAUGAACAGUGACAUGUCCAGAGAUCAUCCUCCAGUCUUCAGUCAUGAACCUGGACCCUCAGGCACACAACGUCAACAACACAAACACCGAGCAGAGUUUCCAGGAUCCAGCUCUAUGUCCAUGAACAGUGACAUGUCCAGAGAUCAUCCUCCAGUCUUCAGUCAUGAACAUGGCACACAACGUCAACAACACAAACACCGAGCAGAGUUUCCAGGAUCCAGCUCUGUGUCCAUGAACAGUGACAUGUCCAGAGAUCAUCCUCCAGUCUUCAGUCAUGAACCUGGACCCUCAGGCACACAACGUCAACAACACAAACACCGAGCAGAGUUUCCAGGAUCCAGCUCUAUGUCCAUGAACAGUGACAUGUCCAGAGAUCAUCCUCCAGUCUUCAGUCAUGAACAUGGCACACAACGUCAACAACACAAACACCAAGCAGAGUUUCCAGGAUCCAGCUCUGUGUCCAUGAACAGUGACAUGUCCAGAGAUCAUCCUCCAGUCUUCAGUCAUGAACCUGGACCCUCAGGCACACAACGUCAACAACACAAACACCGAGCAGAGUUUCCAGGAUCCAGCUCUAUGUCCAUGAACAGUGACAUGUCCAGAGAUCAUCCUCCAGUCUUCAGUCAUGAACAUGGCACACAAGAGAAGAAGAGGAAUUUCUUUGUGGGCGAGCCAGUGUCUUGUUGUGUGUUGCAUCAGGAUGUCCUGAAAGAUUCAUCAACAGACUUCUGCCCCCAAUGUGGAGUCAAGUCUGGAACCAGAACUUAUCAGCAGACAGCCUAUACUGAUCUAGAAAAAUGUUUAGAUGCGUUAAAGGUCACUCUGAGGACAAGAUAUGAACGUGUGAUGGAAGGAACUGAUAAAACAGGAAUUGGAGCCCUCCUCAGAUUGAUCUACACUGAGCUCUACAUCACAGAGGAGCAGAGUGAAGCAGUACACUUCCAACAUGAGGUGCGGCAGGUGGAGAGCGCUUGUAAGAAGACCCUUCGUGAAACACCAAUCAGCUGCAAGGACAUCUUUAAAACCUUUCCUGACCAACAGAGACCCAUCAGAGUGGUUCUGACAUAUGGUGUUGCUGGCAUUGGAAAAACCUUCUUGGUGCAGAAGUUCACUCUGGACUGGGCAGAGGGCCUAGAAAACCAACACAUCAGUGCGGUGGUUCUGCUUUCAUUCAGGGAGCUGAACUUGGUCAGAGAUGAGCAGUACAGUCUCCUGGAGCUGAUCCAUGUUUUCCAUCCAACAUUACAGAGCAUCACAGCAGAGAAGCUCACUAUAAAGAAAAAGAAAAAGUACCACAAGGGACAAGAGAUGAAUCAGCAAGAGUUCACCAACCUGGAGCAGUGUGGUCUGGAUGUCACAGAGGCCUCAGUGUACUCAGGAGUUUGUACAGAGAUCCUCAAAAGAGAGUCUGUGAUCUUCCAGAAACCAGUUUACUGCUUUGUUCAUCUGAGUGUUCAGGAGUUCCUGGCUGCAGUCUACAUGUUCCACUGUUACACCAACAGGAAGACAGAGGAGCUGAAGGAGUUCUUUACUGAGGACGAUGAAGGAAAUAAGAUAUCUUUGAAAGAUAUCUCAUCUCUUGAAGAUUUUCUAUGCAGAGCCAUGGACGAAUCCUUGAAAAUUCCAAAUAGCCACCUGGAACUGUUUGUUCGCUUCCUUCAUGGCCUCUCUAUGAAAUCCAACCAGAGACUCGUAGGAGGUUUAUUGGGUCAGACAGAGAGCAGUCCAGAAAUCAUCCAGAGAGUCAUCAAUAACCUGAAGAAGAUUAGCAGGAAAGGCAAGUGUCCUGAAAGAUGCAUAAACAUUCUUUACUGUCUCAGGGAGAUUAAUGAUGUCUUAGUACAUCAGGAGGUGCAAGAGUUUCAAAAGUCACAGAACAAGUCAGAGAAGAAACUCUCUGAAAUCGAGUGCACAGCUUUGGCACAUAUGUUGAUGAUGUCAGAGAACGUUAUGGAGGAGUUUGAUCUGCAGAAGUACAACACAACGUACGGGGGACGAUGGAGCCUGCUUCCAGCUGUGGUAAACUGCAGAAAGGCUCGACUUUAUGAUGUUUAUAUCUUUGGGGGUAGCUGUGGAUCUUUGGCCUUAGCUCUGACCUCAGACCCCUCCCAUCUGAGAGAGCUGCACAUGAAAUCAGUGAGACUGGAGGAACACGCAGAAGAACUUUUUACUCAUCUGGGACAUCCAAACUGUAGACUGGAGACACUCAGCUUUGAGGACAGCACUUUGUCAGAGAAGAACUGUUCAGAACUGCUCACUGCUCUGAAGUCCAACCCCCCCUAUCUGAAACGUCUGGAUCUAAUAAGAUGCACCCUGGAGGGCUCAGGGAUGAAACAGCUGUAUGAUUACCUGGAGAGUCCACACUGCAAACUACAGUUUAAAAGAGUGUCUGUGGUUUAGAUGCUGCACUUAGGUGAGUAUUAUUCAGAUCUGUUAGUGGGAUUGAUUUAUGUAUUUCACUGGUCACUUCCAGAUUACUAAAGAUAAUUUUUAAGAUAAAUCAUUGUAAUCGUAAAUAAUAUCUCAAGAUCUAAUAUAUCAUUAACACAUUGCAUUGAUGUGUAUGUCUGUUGAUGUUUUUGUAUUCAAAUCGUUUGAAGACCAGCUGGCUUUGAUGGAUUUAUACAGAAUCUCAGUAUUUGGUGAGUUUAACUUAAAAGGUUUCAUUCUUUACAUUAAACUCUUUUUAAUUUAAUUAUUGACCUUUUGAUGAGCUGCCAUAGAUAUUAU